UGACAAACUGCACAUGAGCUGGGAGCUGCCGUCUCACUCGGCUGCAGGGUGUGGGCACAAAUGGCUGGCUGGGGGGGCUUCUUCAUUUCACUCCUCAACUACAAGACAGAGAAGUAUGUCAUUGCUGAAAACAGAAGAAUUGGAAUAUUAUUCCGGCUCUAUCAGCUGGCCGUGCUGGGAUACAUAAUCGGGUGGGUGUUUAUUGUGAAGAAAGGAUACCAGGAGAGAGAUGAGGCGAUCCAGACCUCAGUCAUCACCAAACUUAAAGGUGUCACUCAGACCAACACCUCAGAGGCUGGGCCUUACCUGUGGAGUGCUGAGGAUUAUGUCAUACCUCCAAAUGGUGAGCAGGUGUUCUUCAUAGUAACAAAUUAUAUAGAGACCCCCAACCAGAGGCUGGGUUUCUGUGCUGAGAGUUUCAAGGUGCCAGAUGGACAAUGUCAAAACGAUGAUGACUGCGUGGAAGGGGAGAGUGUAAUAGCUGGGAAUGGAAUAAAGACCGGCGUGUGUUUGAACAGCACAGGCACCUGUGAGAUCCACGCUUGGUGUCCUGUUGAACACAGCAGAAGACCCACAAAGCCCUUACUGAGUGAAGCAGAAAACUUCACCAUCUACAUCAAGAAUUUCAUCAGGUUCCCAAAGUUUGAAUUCUCCAAGUCCAACGUCCUGGAAACUUCUGAUGAAAGCUACUUGAAGAGGUGCACCUACGAUAAAGAGAACCAUCCUUACUGUCCCAUCUUCAGCCUCGGAGAUUUGGUCAGCAGCACCGGACACGACUUUCAAGACAUGGCUGGAAAGGGCGGAUCUGUUGGUGUCCUCAUCGAGUGGUACUGUGACCUGGACAAGGACUCCUCUGAGUGUAAUCCACAGUACAGCUUCACACGUUUGGACGCAGACUUAAACAAUUCAGUAACAUCAGGAUACAACUUCAGGUAUGCCAGGUACUACAAGGACCAAAACGGAGAAACCUUUCGCACACUGUACAAAGUGUACGGGAUCCGUUUUGAUAUAAUGAUCAACGGCCAGGCUGGGAAAUUCAAUAUUGUUCCCACAAUAAUCGCUAUUGGCUCGGGUGUUGCUCUGAUCGGUUUGGGAGCUUUUGUCUGCGACAUGAUUUUACUGUACAUGAUGAAUACAAGCUCCUUCUACCGAGAGAGGAAAUUUGAAAUAAUCAACUUCAAAAAGGAACGAAGCAAACACAAAGAUGAGAAAGCUCAGCGGGACAGGAGAUCCAAGAAAUCUGGAGCAGAGAGAGAUGCUGCCAACUCAAUCACAAAACAAGAGGAAACUGAAGUCACUGUGGAGGAGGACGUGCCCUCUGCAGGCACACGGGGUCUAACUAUUCCACGCAACACAGGCCAGAGAUACUCUUCUGUUGUGGCCAAACAGGGCCCGAUGCCAAAACACAUCUCUUUCUCCCCACACAACUAGGUUUACAGCGAGGUGGAAGUAAAUGAGCCACAGGUGUCUUCUAUGCUGCAG